AUUCAUGAGCUUAUGACUCAUAAGUAGAUUAGCAGUACAGAUGGAAAAUGAAAUAUCAAGCAAGAGUACAUACAGACUCCUAUAUAGGGUUAAGCCUUUCUUAGCUGUUACCUUCUUGCAAUUUGGAUUUGCAGGGAUGGAUGUCUUUUCUAAGGUUGCAUUGAACCAGGGGGUGAGCAACUAUGUGCUAGUUGUCUACCGCCAUGCAAUCGCCACAGCCUUCAUUGCUCCUUUUGCAGUCAUUCUGGACAAGAAAGUACGACCAAAGAUGACUUUCUCAAUCUUCACCAAACUAAUGCUGCUCAGCUUAUUGGAGCCAGUUAUUGACCAAAAUUUGUAUUAUUUCGGGUUGAAGUACACAACAGCAACAUUUGCAGCCGCUAUGUACAACAUUCUUCCAGCCAUAACCUUUUUAAUGGCUUGCAUCUUUGGGCUUGAGAAGGUAACACUUAAGAGUAUCCACAGCCAAGCUAAGGUGGUUGGUACUGUAGCAACUGUUGCAGGAGCUAUGCUCAUGACACUGGUAAAAGGCCCAGUUAUUGAGUUGAUUUGGACAAAAGGAAGAAACAACCAAGGGGUUAAAGGUGGUGGAACAAAUAUUCACGACUCAAUCAAGGGUUCCCUCAUGAUCACAGCCGGCUGCUUCAGCUGGGCUUGUUUCAUAAUUCUACAAGCGAUCACGCUAAAAACAUACCCGGCUGAGCUUUCUCUCACUGCUUGGAUAUGCCUGUUGGGCACAGCACAAGGCACCAUAGUGGCACUUGUUAUGGAACGGGGAAAAACUAGUGUCUGGUCUAUACACUGGGACACUAAAUUCCUGGCAGCUCUAUACAGUGGCAUAGUCUGUUCAGGGCUAGCUUAUUACAUUCAAGGAGUAGUAAUGAAAGACAGGGGACCGGUUUUUGUGACUGCUUUCAAUCCACUAAGCAUGAUAAUUGUUGCUGUCAUGAGCUCUUUCAUUUUGGCUGAACAAAUGUACUUGGGAAGGGUAAUCGGUGCCAUUGUCAUAGUAGCUGGCCUAUACUUUGUCGUGUGGGGUAAAAGCAAGGAGUACAAAUCUGGAUCCCCCUCAACAGAUGGACAAAUGGUCCAAGACAAACAAAUGACAGACGCAAGCAGUGAUAGCAAUGAAAAUUCUACUCCUGAGGUGAUUACGCUCAAUGUUUCAAGCAGAGGUGGGGCAACUAGAGAUGAACAAAUAAAUAGACAGAGAGAUCAGCUACUUGUCUAGAACUUGAAUUUCUAUAGGAGUCAAAUCCCAGCUCUCAGUACAAUUCUCAGGAACAACAGCAGCAUUGAACCUCAUCCUACCAUUGCACCAUUCUUGUCACCAUUCAAAGCCUGAUAAUCCUAUUACUAGUGGUUUUUAUGUGUCUCAAAUUGUAUAAAAGAAAUGAUGCGAAGGAAAUAACUAUCAGGAGAAUGUCAGAUCUCAGGAGAUACGGUGCAAGGUCUGGUCAAUCAUUCACUAGAAUCAACUUUAAGCCUGCAUGAUUACUGGCACUAGACUUAAUAUGAUUGAAGGAUGGCCCAUUAUUUGUCCAAA